GAUCGAGAUAAUACUCCGGAUUCCGAGAUAUCCGAGAAAGGCGCUCAGAAAAGAAACACAAGCAAUAGGAAAGAACUAAGAGGUAUUAGAAGAAGGGCUUAUUUGCGCAAUCUGAGAAAUGGGUUCAACCAGACAGAUAUUGCAUACCACAACUCCGACAGUAAGAAUCACUGGGGUCGCGAAAAGGAUUAUUGGUAG